ACGCGGCGGCCGGCGGCUCUGGGCCGGGCGGCGGCACCGGGCCCUUGGGCGGGCCGGGGCGGCUGCUCGGUGCUGCGGCACAGACGGCCGGACCCGGGGCGGGCCUGGUGCGUCCACAGCGUGUGGGACCCGAUGUGCAGCCCGAAAGCGGGGUCUUGGGAAGGGGGCGAGAACCUGUGUGAUGAGCUCUGCCUGGCAUCUUGGUGCCAGGCCUGAGCCAAGGCCCCCCGGGCUGUGCUCACCCUGGCUGCAGUAGCAGCAAACCCACCUUUACAGGGGAUCUACUAGACCGAAUGGUCACUCUAAGGCUUGAGCUGUGACUGCUACUAGUGCCUAUGGCGUGAGAGAGUCUCUAAUCUGAGCACAGAAAGGAAAGGUUAGUGGAGAGUGUUGAUAUGGACAGUAUUUCCUCAGGCUCUUCUCUGCAGUUCCUGGCCAGACUGCUUCAUGAUACUCAAGAGGAAGAUGAUGAUGAUGAUCAUGUGCCACGCUCUUCUGUUAGCGCCAUGACUCCUGCUAGUAUUGGACCAGCGAAGAAAGAGACCAGUGGUACUGUUCAAGUGAAAUCUGAAAACAGGAAAACUAUCUGGAAUACAGAGGAGGUGCCAGAAGGAGCUGAAUUUGAUGACACCUGGGACCCCAGAGAACAGCCAGAGUUAGUGGAGAGUGUUGAUAUGGACAGUAUUUCCUCAGGCUCUUCUCUGCAGUUCCUGGCCAGACUGCUUCAUGAUACUCAAGAGGAAGAUGAUGAUGAUGAUGAUGAUCAUGUGCCACGCUCUUCUGUUAGCGCCAUGACUCCUGCUAGUAUUGGACCAGCGAAGAAAGAGACCAGCGGUACUGUUCAAGUGAAAUCUGAAAACAGGAAAACUAUCUGGAAUACAGAGGAGGUGCCAGAAGGAGCUGAAUUUGAUGACACCUGGGACCCCAGAGAACAGCCAGAGUAUCAGAUUUUGUUCAAACAGUGUGUGGGAACAGAGGACGUCUUCUUUGGGAUGAGCAGGAAAGACCCUUCCACAGCCUGCUGUGAAGAUAUGGUGAUUAAAAUCAAGCUGCCAGAGACAAAGUACUCAGACAUCGCAUUAGAUAUCCAGGACAAGGUUCUUGAUCUUAGAACUCCCCAAAAGAAGCUGCUGCUGCACCUCCCCUACCGUGUAGACAGCAAGAAUGGUAAAGCUCGUUUUCUCUCUGAAGAGGAGACCUUGGAAGUCACCUUGAGAGUAUCAAGGAUGUUUGAUUUCAUAAAUUUUCUCUGAUUAAUAGAGGAAUAGAGAAAGUUUGCAAAAAGUAAUCUCUUAGUUUGAAGUCUUCUUGAAACCUAACUGGUCAUAAAAUAGUAGACUGUUUCCCUUGAUCAGUCCAGAGGGAAUAUCCCUGGAGAAACUGAAUGAGUCAGAAGGAACAUAGCACCCAUAGGUUCUAGAAGCUGAGGCAGUCCAGCUCUUGCGCUGCUCUGGUUAACGUCCUGCUUCCUUCAGCCACAUACAGGCUCUGUGAAUCGGAAAGCCAGAGAAAGUCUUUUUGUGGUUAUGGCUGAUAAGUAGCACAAUAGGGCUCUGGUCAACGAGUCUGGUGCUUAGUUACUCUUGCAAGACUUGCAAGUGGUAAUAUUCUUGCUUGGCCUCCAAUGCUGGGAUGGGGAUCAGUUCAGAAUCUACUUUUAGCUACUUCUUCAUGAAAAAAUCAAAGCUCUCAGGAAUCCAUAUCCACAUCUGAGUCUCCUUUACAGUGGCAGAACAGGGUAACCAACUAUAGUUGGAUUGCUGAACAGCUCAGCUCUUUUGAACAGUUUUUGACAGUGUAUGGUUCAGUGUCAUCUAUUCACCUGCUGUCCCUCCAGCU